AUGGUUUCUCUGUUGUUGGCAGGUAAGUCCGACCCAGACAAAGGCAAUAUCGAAAUAGGCCUGAACUCAUCCUAUCUGCUUGAGUCUGCGCGCAACGGUGACACAGAACUGGCUUCUACGCUGAUCAAAGCCAAUGCCAAGGUCGACCUGGUUGGGAAGAACGGCAUGACCCCUCUUAUCAUGGCGGUAAGAUGCAACAAAGCAGACGUGGCGAAGUUGUUGAUUGACGCAGGGUGCGACACCACCGUCAAGGCAAUGGGCAAGACUGCGCGUGAGUUUGCGCUGAAGAGCUCUGACUCAAAGAUGAGAGCGCUGCUUGGUGUGGAUGCCAGUACCGCGUCAGAUGACACCAAUAAGAAUUUGUAUUUAACGUGA